AUGGCUGUGUUCUUCAGUGUGGUUCUCCUGGCUAUGGCAUGUCCCUCGAUUGCGUUUGACAUGGGUCAGUCGACUCGUUGCGUCACCAUCCCCAACCAAAUGAAAGUCUGCAAAGAUGUUGGAUACUCUGAGAUGAGGCUGCCUAACUUCUUGGGUCACAGCAACCUGGAAGGCGAGGUGGUGCCUCGUUCGGAGGAUUGGAGACCCCUGCUGCAGACAGGCUGCCACCCUCAAGCCCAGGCCUUCCUCUGCUCCCUCAUUGCUCCUGUCUGUCUCGACACUUUUAUCCAGCCAUGCCGGAGUCUGUGUGUGGCAGUGAGGGACAGCUGUGCCCCGGUGCUCGCCUGCCAGGGUCACCCAUGGCCCGAGGCACUUGAUUGUGACCGCUUUCCUGCCGAGGAAGACAUGUGCCUCUCUCCUCUUGCAAAGUUUAGCCACUUUGCCAAAGACUUACCCAAACCUGCCUGCCAAAACUGCCCGUCUGUGGAGGAGGCUCCGGCAAUGAAAACAGUCUUGGAUGCUUUUUGCCAGAAUGACUUUGCUGUGACUGCCAAACUUCAUCGCCAUCGCCUACCCGUGACAGAGCCAGAAUUUGAGGUUGAGGGCCGUGUUGAGUUUAUUCGCCAGGGACCUCUCCUGCCUUACGACACACAGCACCUACUCCAGCAGUGGCUCCUCAUCAACCUGCGAUGCGCUAACGCCCUCGUGCGCCCUGGACGCUCACAGCUGUACGUGCUGACUGGUUCUGUGCAGCCUGAUGGCACCCUCGCUAUCAGCCAACUCUUCCCUUGGCACAAAAGAGAUGCUAACAUCGCAGUGGCCACUCGCAAGUGGAAGCACCAUAGAUGUUGAGUGAACUGAUGCUUACAUGUAAAAACUGGAGCUCUGAAUCUGUGUUUGAAGUGUAGACUCGCACAAGAACAAAUACGAUUCCACACC